AUGUCAAAUCUACUGCGACAAGUCAACUGGAAGAAGAUUUCGCGGUAUUGUGCGACAAAUGAAGUGGAGUGGUAUUUUAAUCCACCGUCAGCCGCAUGGUGGGGAGGUUGGUGGGAGCGUCUUAUACGCAUUCUGAAGGACCUCUUGAAGAGAAUACUUGGAAGAACUUCAGUCAAUUACGAAGAAAUGAAUACAAUUUUGUGUGAUUGCGAAGCAGUCAUCAAUUCAAGACCACUCACAUAUAUGACCGAGGAAGCGAGUGGAACCGCUGCGAUCACACCUGCUAUAUUCCUCCGAGAUAUUCAGGAGGACGGAGUACCUGACAUGGACCAGAUAAGCAAGUCUCAUCUGUCGAAGAGUUUGCGUUAUCGACAGAGACUGAAAGAAGAGUUGCGGAAGCAGUUUCGCAUCCAGUACUUAGGACAGUUGUCUCAACGAAACAAGAACAAGCACACGGCAACUUCCUUUUCAGUAGGCGACGUUGUUCUUGUCGCUAACGAUUUGCAGAAGCGACUCAAUUGGCCCAUGGCGGGAAUUAAAGAAUGUUACCCUGGAAAAGAUGGACAGAUACGAGUCGUGAGAUUGAAGACUGCCGACGGAGAACUGACUCGACCCAUCCAAAAAUUAAUACCUCUAGAAAUGGAGUUUUCUAAAGAGAAUUCGGAGAAACUUUUAUUUGGAUCUGCCGCUUGCCGAGGUUAG